AUAAGGCCGGGCAUGCGCACGCGGCCGGGCCGGACGUAGAGGGGGCGCGUGGCUGUCUGCAGGGACGCACCCACUCAGUAGCUGUGUCGCCGGCUGCCUGGGGGCCUGGAUAGUGAGGUUGCGUGGGCCCGACUGCCGGCUGGAGGAUUUCAGUGUGUCUCCAGGCUACUUAACAUCCAGGGUGGAAUCUCUGUUGGCUCAGUUUGACCAGGUAAACCUUGAGCUGCAAGUAGCCUUGGCCUCACCGUGCUGGUAUACAUGGUCACCAUGGAGCGGCUACACCCAGCCUUCCCUAGCUACCUCCUGUUGGUGCUGUUCGGUAUAUGGAGAACUGUCCCCCAGAUUCAUGCCUCAUCUACUGGCCUGCUGCCCCUCAGUGCCACCUCUUUCCUGGAAGAGCUUAUGAAACGCUACGGAGAGAAUGACAGCCUUACCUUGCCACAGCUGAAGACUCUGCUCAACAGCGUGGGCGUGGGCCGGGAUAAUGUUUCCCUGCCCAAAGAAGCACACAGGAACCUCUCCACGUGCUUUAGCUCUGGAGACCUCUUUGCGGCCCACAACUUCAGUGAGCGAUCUCAUAUUGGGAAGAGUGAAUUCCAGGAGUUCUGCCCCACCAUUCUCCAGCAGUUGGAUUCCCGGGCUUGCACCUCAGAAAACCAGGAGAAUAAGGAAAAUGAGCAGACAGAGGAGGGGAAGCCAAGCGCCAUUGAAGUGUGGGGCUUUGGGUUCCUCAGUGUCUCACUGAUUAACCUGGCCUCGCUCCUGGGAGUCCUGGUCCUGCCAUGCACGGAGAAAGCGUUUUUCAGCCGUGUGCUCACUUACUUCAUCGCCCUGUCCAUUGGAACGCUGCUCUCUAACGCGCUUUUCCAGCUCAUCCCAGAGGCUUUUGGUUUCAACCCUCAGGACAAUUAUGUCUCCAAGUCUGCUGUGGUCUUUGGGGGUUUCUACCUUUUCUUUUUCACAGAAAAGAUCCUGAAGAUGCUCCUGAAGCAGAAAAAUGAGCACCAUCACGGACAUAACCAUUUUACCUCCGAAACGCUUCCUUCCAAGAAGGACCAGGAGGAGGGUGUCACGGAGAAGCUACAGAAUGGGGACCUGGAUCACAUGAUUCCUCAGCACUGCAACAAUGAUCUGGAUGGCAAGGUACCCAGCACAGACGAGAAGGUCAUCGUAGGCUCCAUGUCUGUGCAGGACCUGCAGGCAUCCCAGAGUGCUUGCUACUGGCUCAAAGGGGUUCGAUAUUCUGAUAUUGGUACCUUGGCCUGGAUGAUCACCCUGAGCGAUGGUCUCCACAAUUUCAUCGAUGGCCUGGCUAUCGGUGCCUCCUUCACUGUGUCUGUCUUCCAAGGCAUUAGCACAUCGGUGGCCAUUCUCUGUGAGGAAUUUCCUCACGAGCUGGGAGACUUCGUUAUCCUGCUCAAUGCUGGUAUGAGCAUCCAGCAGGCCCUCUUCUUCAACUUCCUCUCUGCUUGCUGCUGCUAUGUGGGUCUGGCCUUUGGUAUCCUGGCUGGCAGUCACUUCUCUGCAAACUGGAUUUUUGCACUGGCUGGAGGAAUGUUCUUAUAUAUUGCUCUAGCCGAUAUGUUCCCUGAGAUGAAUGAGGUGUGCCAGGAGGAUGAGAAGAAGGACAGCUUUUUGGUCCCCUUCGUCAUCCAGAAUCUUGGCCUCCUAACUGGCUUCUCCAUCAUGCUGGUUCUCACCAUGUAUUCAGGGCAGAUUCAGAUCGGGUAGGACCCUGCCAAUGGGGAGCCAGUGGCACUGGACAUGGGGCUCUGCGGCCCCCUUCUGGCCCCUGGCCCAAGGACUUAGCAUCCACGAAGCAUCAUGGAGGAGGCAGCUCUUUAAAAACUGGCACAGACUGCCUGCCUGCAUUCAGAUGUCAGCUGUUUCAAAAUGCUUUGUCCUAGGAAGAAGCUGCCCUGGAAUCUCUAGGUAGUGCCUCAAACCAUUAUCUCCUGACCCUUCCCACUGACGAUUCUGGAACUGAAACGCCACACAUAGGACAUGCUUCUCUUUUCCUUCUGGUCACCCUCGCCCCUUUCUCUUGGAAGAAGCACUGAGAGAUAUGGAAUCUUUUACAAUGUAAAAAUGAAGCCAGUGGUCAUGGUUUGGUUAGAAAUACCAGUGUGGCUUCCAACUUUGGACCCUGUGAUUCUAAAUGUGUGUACCCUGGAUUUCAGGUCGGUCCAUCUUGGCAUGGGUUCUCAUGUUUUUACACAGAAGAGGGCAGAAGACAAGAAUCCUGGUUUCUUCAGUCUGUUAAUUAUUCUCUAAAAAGGCUGACUUUCCAAGCAAAUGAGUCAGGCAGGCAGAGAGACAGGGGAUCGUCUGAGGUAGAAGGAUGUAGAACUAGUGAUGGAUGUCCUAUCCCCUUGCUGCUUGGUUUCCAUCAGGAUGCUGCCUGCUGGUUGUACGCAGCAUCUGAAAUCACGCAUCAGCUAGGUGAGCCACUGUGGACGUUCUCUGAGGUGGCAAAAAGUCUGCGCUAAAUCAGUUGGUUUUGCCCUGAUUCUCACACCUUCCUCUUGGCUUCCUUUUUCUAGAUACUUUGUAGAUGCCUCCCUCACUAGGAGCACAGUCAGAGCACAUUUAAAGGUGUUUGCAUUAGGAGGGAAAUUGUACAAAUUAAUCUCCCCUGGUCAAGACCUCUGCCCAGUAGAAUCUGACUCAUAAAAUUAGGACACAGUUGUUUAUGCCUUUUUGUGACCAAGGUAAUAAGCAAUGGAGUCAUUCCCGGCCAAACUUAGGACUUGCUAAUUGCAAAAAUAGUAGUUGAAUAUCAUAGAACUCUGGACCUUGAGGUCAGGACUGCAGACAUCAUUGCUGCCAGUGGGUUUUAAAGGGCACUGUCUUAGCUACCACUUCCUCCCUGAUCCCAGACAACAAGAUUGAAUACUGAAGUGAAUUGAAUGUAAAUUGCUUUCAUUUGGUCCAGAAAAAAAAAUGGAUGUUUAACAUUUCAUACAAGCCAGCCUCAGGUGCUGGGCAGCCCCCUUCUCAGAACUCUGGCUUCCAGGGGAGCUAAUCUCCAGGUUCACUAAGUGAAUUAAUUUAUUAUUAUCAUAUUGAUACAUGGAUUCCUUAGCCACUUUGGGGAGCCAGUCUCUCCUGGAGCCUUUCUUAGUGGUGCCCACAGUCACAACCCAGGAGCUGUUGUUUGCAUGACUUACAGUACUGAAUCAUGCCUGAGUCUUUCUGUUCUUACCACAGGAAAACUGUCCAUUAAAAGCAGCAAAAUAUAUAUACACACACACACACACACACACACACACACACACACACACAUACACAUACACAUAUAUGUGCGUGUGUGUGUGUGUUCAUUCUUGUUCUUCUUGGGGAAACAUGCUUGAAACGAAGAAUCCUGAUAACUGGGGAUUUGCUCACUUUCUCUCCCCACUCUUGCCUCUUGCCUUUGAGAAGAGGUAGAAGGAAGAGGAAACUUUAGCAAUCAAGGUACUAGAUUGAAUGUCAGGACCAGGUCCUGGUAGGCUUAGGGUCCAGUUUUACCAAAGAAUCAGUUCGUUCGAUGUUAGAUUCUAAGCUUUUAUGUUAUGGUCAUGGUUGUCAUUAUUGUUUAAAGCCGAGCCUCAUCUUUUCUGUUUUAUUUUUCCUACAACUGCUUCAGGCACUAGCAGAUGUAAGGCUGAGCAGGACGCGGUGACUUACACCUGUAAUCUCAGCCCUUAGGAGGCAGAGUCAGCAGGCUUGAGUUUUACACCAGCUUGGACUUCCCAAUGAAUUGCAGGCCAGUCUGGGCUAUGUAGCAAGCUCCUGUGUCAGCAAGACGAAAUGAAGAUAAGAACGUCAAAUUUAAGAUUGUAGGUCUGAGGGUUUGGCUCCAGUGUGUAUGUGACCCCCCUGAAUUUCAUUCCCAGCACCACUGCAGCGCCUCCCCCCCCCCAAAGAUGGAAAGAUUCUGCUUUAGCUCAUAUUUUCUUAUAUGUAUUUCUUGUAUUCUAUUUUUAACUUUAGAAUCUCCCCUAGAGCCUGUUCUUCUUUAAAUGUCCUUUAUGCUGGAGUAGGAUGAUGGCUGAGUCUCUUUAAAAGAGCUUAAAUAUAGAGUCACAAACAUGAGAUAGAUGCCUGCCGCCCACUCUUCCCACGAACUCGAGAACCUCUUUGUGCAGGCAGCUGCCAUGAAAGGAAAUCCUGGGGCUUCUUUAGAGCAGAAGAUUCUUUAGGCCAGCAGAUUCAGGUGGGGCAUGGGGGCCAUGCUCCCGACAUCCAACUGUUGCGCUGCUGGUGACAGAUUCGCCCCAUGAGUCGGAAAUGCAACCAUUGACCCUUUUUUGACUUUUAAAUGUCGGACUUGCUGUUUUAAGCAUCUGUACAUAUUAGAGGUCUCAGGGGCAGUGAGUUGCUUAGCAGACAUUUCUCCCCUGGUCUUAGUGCCCUUAGCUUCUGUCCCCUGUUAACACUAGCAAGGAAAGUGCUUGUCACAUGGAGGAGCCCUUAGCCAGGCCUUGGGUUCUGUCACUAAGCACCUCAUCUCUGACCUCACCUUCAGUCCUCCAUGGCCGCCCUCCAGUAUUUAGUGUCAGCCGGGGGAGCAUUCUCCAGUACCUUUCAUCUGGGUUUUAAAGGACUUCUCUCUGCCUGGACCACCUAGGAUCCAGUUUUAGCAACCCUUCUUCCAAAGACAUGCAGAUAAGCAGGGUGAGUUUUGCAAAAAGAAAGGAUUUUAGUCAGAGUUCCCUUUACAGUUCCAUCACAGUAUAUUUUUAAAUAACUCAGGUGUCAUGAGAAGAAUUAGAAAACAAAAUAACUUAUGUCAUGUGAACUGUAAAUGUUUAUUUGUAAGAUUCUAUAAAUAAAGAUAUGUUCUGUAAUUG